AUGGGGACUCAGACUUCCAGUGAUGACAAGUUGAUCAGAGGUAUAUGUUAUAUUAAUGAUACGCCUUUGAUUUCUCUUAUUGAUACUGGUGCUACUCAUUCUUUUAUUGCUGCUGACUGUGUGCAAAGGCUAGGCCUUGUUGUGUCUUCUAUGAGUGGAGAAAUGGUUAUCAAAACUCCUGCUAAAGGUAUGGUGACUACUACUUCAGUUUGUUUGAAUUGUCCUCUGUUAAUCUUUGAUAAAGAUUUUAGCAUUGAUCUUAUUUUCUUGCCAUUGGAGAAUCUUGAUGUUAUCUUGGGUAUGAACUGGUUAGAGUUCAAUCAUGUUUAUAUCAACUGUUAUAACAAGCCAGGGCGGUUUCUUACUCCCGGUGAGGAGGAAUACGUUGGUUUCUUGUCUACUAGAUAG